AUGGCAGAAGAUCUAGCAAUAGCUACGGGCUCAUCCACCAACAAGCCUCCAUUCUUUGAUGAAACCGAAUAUCCCUACUGGAAGACUCACAUGCAACUAUUCAUUGAGUCCUCAAACUACAAACUGUGGGAAAUCAUUGAAAAUGGCAACAUCGUACACAAAGAUGACGCUGGAGAACCUAUCAAGAAAGAUCAACUGACAGAAGUACAACGCAAAGACUAUCAACUUAACACAAAAGCAAAGUUGUUCCUUCUAUGUGCACUGAGUAAAUCUCAGCUGGACAAAGUUGAUGGACUAGCAACAGCCAAAGAAGUCUGGGAAGCUCUAGGGCUUGCCUAUGAAGGUACAGCGAACGUCAAACAAGCCAAAGUGAGUUUACUUGUGGCUGAAUAUGAGACCUUCAAGAUGAAAGAGAAUGAAAGCAUUGUUGACAUGUUUGGAAGAUUCCAAACCGUCGUUAAUGGUGUUAGGAAUCUUGAUCAUCUCCUCGGAUCUCUGAAGGUUCACGAGAUAGAACUUGCCCAUGACGAUGGACUGAAGAAGCAGAAGAACAUUGCGUUCAAAGCCAAUAGUUCCAAAGUUGUUCAAAUAAAGGAGCAAUAUGAAGAAGAAGAAUCCUCAGAAGAACUAUCAGAGUAUGAACAAGCUCUCUUCAACAGAAAGUUUAAGAGGAUGUGGAUCAAACAACAAAGAGGAAAAGGUUCAUCAAAGAAAGACAACAAACGAGAAUCAAGUCUGAAAAAGAAACCUUUUACACACAAAGGAGAAAGCGGCUCAAGUGCAGAUAAAAGCAACAUUACUUGCUUUGAAUGCAAGAAGCCAGGUCACAUCAAGGCGGACUGUCCAAGACUAGCCAAAACGUCUAUCAAGAAGUCAUACUACAAGAAAAAGAAAGCCUUAGCAGCUGGAUGGGAUGAUUCUGAGGAUGGUUCAGAAGAUGAUGAUGAAGAUGCACAUUUUGCACUCAUGGCAUCUGUAAACAGUUCAGACGAUGAUGAGGACGAUGAGGUAAAACCUGAAAACCUUAAAGAAGAAUUCAAUGAAUUGCUUGAACACUCUUAUACUUUAUCUGAAAAAUACAAAGCCUUAAAGAAACAGUUUGCUAAGCUACAACAAGAACAUGAAAAGGUUUUGACAGAAAAGAAUAAUAUCGUUCAAGAAAAUAAUGUUUUGAAGAAGCAAGAUUCUACUAAGGAAGUAGUUGCUUUAAAGAAAAGAGUUAAGUUUUAA